AUGGCUACAGUCAAGCUCGCCACUCUCGCCAUCCGAACAAUUGCCAAACCCCUCAGCAAUGGUAUCAAGAGGCAAGCCAAGGAACACCCGAAAUUCCGCCAGCUCUGCAUUUCUCUCGCACAGGGCAUGUAUACCGUAGAGAUAAAGUUACGGACGAACAUCCUCGGUGAACCCGCGCGCCAGCAUGUUCGGCCACUGUCGGAGACUCGAGCCGUAGAGAACGGAGCCAACGCCCUCGCCGAGGGCUUCCUCUUCAGUGUUGCGGCCCUCUUAAUCAUUGGAGAAUCAUGGCGCUCCUCGCGCUCGCAGUCCAAACGACGGGACAGCAUCGAUGACCAGCUCGAAGCCCUUACCUCCCAGGUCUCCUCACUGUCGGAACGGAUGGAGGCACUGGCAGAGAAUGUGAAUAGGCGAGUGGAGGAGGAUGAAGGCAGGCAGGAUGAGAUGCGGAAGAUACUGGAGCGGGUGGUCGAGAUUGGGCUGAGAGGCGGGUGGGCUGAGUUUGAGGGUACGCCAAUCCAGCUUCCGCGCAUACAGCACGCCAGUUUAUCUGCUGGGACGGUCGCGCCAGAAGUACCAAGUGAGAAUGAACAGUAUCGUGGGGGGCAAGGAUUCGAUGGAUCGAGAAAUGGAACGGCAUCGUAG